AAAGUUUGAAAUGGAUUCACAUCAAUAUCCAGAUUUCAUUGAAGAUUUAAUGAGCUUCAUUCGAAACAAAGAGGUCUCAAAAUUUUUUAAUUUUUUGACAGAAAAGUCACUUGAACAUUCACAAUUUGUAGAUUCUGCUUUUGAUGACAAAUGUACCCUUUUGAUGAGUGCAUCAUACCACGGUCAAAAAGAUAUUGUCCAAAAGCUGCUUGAUAUCGGAUGUAACAUUAAUCUUAAAAAUGACUCUCUUUGGACAGCUUUGAUGUUUGCUGCAUAUAGUGGACAUGACGAUAUUGUAAAGAUGCUGUUAGAAAAACACGCAGAUAUUGACACUGUCAAUAGUUUGGGAUCAACUGCACUCCAUCUUGCCACUUGUAUGGGGCACACAAAUGUUUUUCGGGUGCUGUUAAAGGAAAAUGCAAAUAUCCACAUAAAAGAUAAUGCUGGUUGGACUGUUGGGCUAAUAGCAAAAAAAAAAGGCUUUCGAGGAAUUGUUCAAUUAAUGGCCGAUUAUGAAAGGAUUCCAUCACAAAUGAUCUCAGGACAAAUAUCCCAGACAAUUGUCCUCUCAUCUGAUAACAAUAUACUGUGA